AUGGCCUCAUCAUCGUCCAAUGUUGUCGGCGUGCAUUAUCGCGUUGGCAAGAAGAUCGGCGAGGGUUCCUUCGGUGUCAUUUUUGAGGGCACCAACCUUCUCAAUAAUCAACAAGUUGCCAUCAAGUUUGAACCACGGAAAAGUGACGCCCCCCAACUACGAGAUGAAUACCGAACAUACAAGAUAUUGGUCGGCUGUCCCGGUAUUCCUAACGUCUAUUAUUUCGGCCAGGAAGGCCUCCACAACAUCCUCGUCAUCGACCUGCUGGGUCCCAGCUUGGAAGACCUCUUCGAUCAUUGCAACAGACGCUUCUCAAUAAAGACUGUGGUCAUGGUGGCCAAGCAGAUGCUCUCUCGCGUUCAAACCAUCCAUGAAAAGAAUCUCAUCUACCGGGAUAUCAAACCCGAUAACUUUCUCAUCGGUCGUCCCAACUCCAAAGCUGCCAAUGUUAUUCACGUUGUUGAUUUUGGCAUGGCCAAGCAGUACCGCGACCCCAAGACGAAACAGCAUAUUCCUUAUCGUGAACGGAAGUCCUUGUCUGGCACCGCCAGAUACAUGAGUAUCAACACUCACCUGGGGCGCGAACAGUCUCGCCGCGAUGACCUCGAGGCUCUUGGCCACGUCUUUAUGUAUUUCCUCCGAGGUGGGCUACCAUGGCAGGGUCUGAAAGCUGCGACCAACAAGCAGAAGUAUGAGAAGAUUGGCGAGAAGAAGCAGACAACCGCCAUUAAAGACCUUUGCGAGAGCUUUCCCGAGGAAUUCAACAAGUAUCUCAGCUACGUUCGGAACCUGGGUUUCGAGGACACUCCCGACUACGACUUCCUUCGCGACCUCUUCACCCAGGCUUUGAAGAAUACAGGCGAGGUUGAGGAUGGCGAGUAUGACUGGAUGAAGCUCAACGGUGGUCGUGGCUGGGAGGCGGUAAAGUCGCAUCCAUCGGCUCACCAGCUUCACAAUGCCAAUGCGCCCCAGGAUGCAUCGGCACGGGCUCUACACGGUGCGGCUGGCGUUCGGGGGGACGGGCGAGGCUCAAGAGACCGCGGACCGAUCCCACAGGACCGUUUAAACGCGGCACAACCCCCGACGCCGGGCUCGCCAGCAAAGCCCGGAGCCGCAGUUCGGGGGAAUCCGCGCGACCGUACAAGCGCUGGAAACAAUCUUCCCAAACGAAGUAGCGGACUUGCUGGACAGAUGGAUACACCGCCAACGAGCACGCAGGCACAGUUCCAAAACAGUAACGCCAACCUCACCACUCAACGGCCAAGUCCGGCGGCUGGAGCAUUACAGAGCAGCCAACGGCCUCAGCAACAGGAACAGCAGCCUGGAUUCAUGAGCAAGCUGAUGAAGACGCUCUGCUGUGGCUCAUGA